AUGGAUCAGGAAAAGGUUGUUAGUGCGACCCCAGCACCGCGUCUCCUGAUGUUGGGUGGUGCCUCGCAACCCCCGACCUCAGAACGAACCAUAUCAGCAUUUGAACGAAUGAUAACAACAAAUACGCCCAUCACUGAAUCUCUACUUCUCCAACUUCCUACUGAUGCCAUCAUAAAACUAUACCAUACCUCCAACUUCCUCCGUACGUUCCUUCGAUCAUAUCCGACCGCAUGGAAGUCGCUCUCGUUUCGACUACAAUACCCUUCGGGGACCCCGUUGAAUCCUUCGGCCGAUCCAAAUUUCCCUGAUCCAGUUCUUUUACGCCAGUCUCGACCCUAUGCGCUGGAUAUGCUCUUGAUGAACGUAGUCAUGCCAUACAGCGGGUGUCUGAAGAGUCUGGAACUAGAUAACACGGCCAUUUCGGGUGAGAACCUUACAUCUACGGUAUUACACGCCCGUCGUGAGACACUUGAGCACCUCUCCGUGCGUGGCUGCAAGAAUGUCUCCCUCAAAUAUCACAUCGUUCCUUUCCUAACCAUGUUUGCGCUUCAAUGCGAUAUCGACAUGGAGAAGAAGACCGCAAGCUCCCUCGGGAUGAAGAAGCUCGCCCUCAAGAGUAUCUACGCAUAUAGAUGCCGACACCAUAGGCGACGACCUUAUCUGUCCUCCUCGUUAAUGCGCAAGGACGCAGACGCGGAGUCGACCCAUGAACUCGUUAACAUUUGUCACAAACUCAAUAUCUGGACCGAUACUGCAUGGUGCACCACUCCUGCGGGCAGAUGUGCUCGUAGAGCCGGUUACGUGAAGUCGAGGUUUCCUCAUGGGGCAGGAUCGCCGGAAGUUUGGGUGGUCUUUGACAGGCUCUGGAGAUCUAAGAACUGGAUCGGGCCUGUUGAAGACGGCCCCGCCGCAGAUGAACCCCAGGUACGCGAUGGCAAGCUUUGGGAGAAUCGUGAUACGGGAUGUUAUGGCGAAGCGUUGGGAACCGGUGAAGGCAUCGACUGGGGGGAAGGUAAAAUGACACCUGCCCAUCUACGCCAUAGUCACACCCAAUUCGUCAAUGGCAUUCGAUGUGACGAAUGUCUCGAGGACAUAUCUGAACGAUGUGAGCAUUGCAGCGUCUUGAUGCACUGCGUAGGAUGCCGCAAGACACUCUGUGCGAGCUGUGCCUACGAACGGCCAUACCUUCAUCGACACACUCUCCCCUCACCCCAAGAUGUCUCCAGUUCACCUGAUUCCUUCUGGUGGGCACCCGGGGCCACACACUCUCCGGGCUCGAUGCAGGAUCCCGUUGAUCCUCUAGCCCUGGCAGACCCGAAUCUAUCCCAAGCUCCAAGUUUGGAUCCCCCCGAACUGAGCUUCCACUGGUGCUGCACUAAGCCUGACCUCUCCGGGGGAGGUGGAAUCAGCAUAGGGCCUCGCAACCGAGAAGUGGAUCAAGUACGAGCUGUGCCUUUACCUCGUGGUCAAGGCUGGGAGGAUCUGGAGUAUACAGUCAGUGAAUGGAGCAAGACGUUCCCAAAGUAUGCAUAUGGCGACCCGAGCAAACCUGACUACUCCCUCGAAGCGGGUCAUCUUGCGAUGAUGAAAUGGCUUCUUGGGCCACCCAAUCGACAAGUCUCACCAUGUCCGCGCAAUUUGUGCCAAAAGUGCUAUGAGUCUCCACAAUGGAAGGUACAUUGCAAGAGCUGCUCCAAACCUCUUUGCAUUGAGCAUGACCUUCGUGGAUUACGCUUACGGAUCUGCGGCUACCGUGACCUCGAGAUUGAAAAGCAGACUAUUGAAAAUCGAUUCGCAGCACAUCUUUCGGAAAUCCCUGACUCGAACGAGCUCACCGCAUACCAUCUUCCGGUCCGCGGUCAACAGCUCCUUGAUUCAGCAAACAAAAGUCUCAACGUCAAUAUGCGCCAAGAUAGCUUCGAACAGCAACAUACGCCUGAGUCACAGCCAGGUGAUCAAUCGGCUCCUUCCUCCUUUUUUUCCAAUCAACCGUCACGCUCGUAUUCAGCCCCCACGUCUAGCCAGUCAUCACCUCCGUCAUCCUCAUCCUCCGACUACUUCGAACCCCCGCAAUUCGAACCUCCCAGAUGGCAAGGCUGCCAAUCCUUCUUCUGCCCACCAAGUGAAGGGAUCAUCUCAAUCAGGGAUAUCAGAGGCAGUAUGAGGGACAGGGACGCACGAGCUCGGUGCUCUAAUUAUCUGCGGGAAUGCAAAGGCUGCAAGGUUUACGUCUGCGCCGACUGCAUGUUCGCCCAUCCACCCUGCAAAUGCUCGUAUUGCGAGGAAAACUACAUGUGCCCCAAUUGCAUGAUAGACCGUCCUCGUGACGAGCAGUGCCGUCGUCGCCGGGACGAAAAAGCACGACGUGAGCGCAAGUGGAAAAAGGACAUGCAGAUCCUCGAGGGCAUAUUGGAGGUCAAGCUGGCUAAUGAGUUGGCCGAGUUUGCCGGCGAGUUCUUUGGCCUCGUUGAGCAGCGUGACAAUCCACCCUCGGGGACCCUCACCCCCUUUGACGAUAUCACCGACCUCUUCGAAGGAGAAGUCGGUGCAGCGGCACCAUCCGCCUCCCAUUUCGACCCUAGCGACGUUGACUGGCUGCUUCGAGCUUCUCAAGAGUCCGAGGCCUCUCGCCAACUCUGA